UCAGCAGCCGGCCUUCGCGCGCUGCGGCCGCGCUGUCUCCGGGUGUCUCCUGACUGCUCGUGGAGUGUCUCCGAGUGUCUCCGAGUGUCUCCGAGUGUCUCCGAGUGUCUCCUGGAGUGUCUCCGAGUGUCUCCCGACUGCUCGUGGAGGGCGCUGGCCGCAGGGUUAUGGCCUCCCCGCCCUCCCCGCGUCAGCAGCUGCAGCACGCCAUGCAGAUGGUGGCAGACAACUGGCACAAUGAACGCGAAGAUGUGCAGAAGAAAACGUUUGCCAAGUGGAUAAAUUCACAGCUAUUGAAGAUCUCGCACCCGCCCGUGGAGGACCUGUUCGCCGACCUGCAGGAUGGCAACAAGCUGCUGGCGCUGCUGGAGGUGCUCACGGGCAAGCAAUACAAAAGAGAAAAAGGCAAAAUGCGUGUUCACCAUCUCAACAACGUAAACAAGGCGCUUCAGAUUCUGGAACAAAACAAUGUAAAGCUGGUCAACAUUAGUAACAACGACAUUGUUGAUGGCAAUCCAAAACUGACAUUAGGUUUGGUGUGGAGUAUUAUACUACAUUGGCAGGUGCAUUUCCACUUAAAGGACUUGAUGUCAGAUUUGCAACAGACGAAUCUAGAAAAGACUCUUUUGGCGUGGUGCCGACAAAAUACCAAAGAAUAUCCAGGAGUGGAUGUAAAGAACUUUACAACAUCAUGGUCUGAUGGAUUGGCAUUUAACGCCCUGAUACAUCGGUGGAGGCCGCACUUGUUUGACUUCAACAACAUCGCGAGGAAACACCCGAACGCCCGCCUGGAACAUGCAUUCCGCACGGCCCAGGAGCAUCUGGGUAUCGAAAGACUUCUGGAUCCUGAAGAUGUGAACACAUCUGUACCAGACAAGAAAUCAAUCAUGAUGUAUGUCAUGUGCCUUUUCCAAUCACUUCCUCAUUCCGAAAUGGAUGUCAGCAACCUGGAUUUAUCCAUACAUUCUGACUCCAGUUCCAUAGCGUCUCCAGGAGUGGAGGGCGAGACGCAGCAGCGGCCGCUCAGCCUGGCCACCAACGUGUCGGUGGAGCUGGGCGGCUACCAGGUGGCGCUGGAGGAGGUGCUGGCGUGGCUGCUGGAGGCCGAGGACACGCUCAGCCACUCCGAGCUGUCCGCGGACAGCCUGGACGCCGCCAAGCAGCAGUUCCACUCGCACGAGGGGUUCCUGCUGGAGCUGUCCGGACACCAGGAGGGCGUGGGAGCCGUGCUGGAGGAGGGAGCACGCAUGCUGGCGGAGGGCGGUCUGACCCGGGACGAGGAGGAUGAGGUCCGGGUGCAGAUGAGACUGCUCAACUCCCGCUGGGAGAACCUUCGCGUCAAGGCAAUGGAGAGGCAAACCAAGAUCCACGAGGCGCUGAUCGCGCUGCAGCAGCAGCAGCUGGGCCGGCUGCGGCAGUGGCUCACGGCCACCGAGGACCGCAUCUCGCGCCUGGCGGACGCAACGCCUGACCGCGCGAGCCUGGGCUCCCAGCUGGAGCAGCACGGGGCCCUGCAGCGAGACCUGCAGCAGCAGCAGCACGUGGUGGACGAACUGUCCCACAUGGUGGUGGUGGUGGACGAGGCCGGCUGCGACAGCGCGUACUCGCAGAUGGAAGACCAGCUGACGGCGCUGGGCGAGCGCUGGGCCCACAUCUGCCAGUGGACGGAAGAGCGCGGGGCCCGCCUGCAGGAGCUCAGUGACAAGUGGCAGCACGUCACGGAUGAGCACCAGAGACUCCAGGCGUGGCUGGACGAGAAGGAGGCCGUGCUCAAGCAGAUGGAAGUGAACCCCGCGUCCGAGAUCGGCCAAGUGCUGGAUCGCAUCAAGAAGUUGCAGGUUCUGAAACACGAGAUGGACGCACAACAGAAGAAGCUGUCCGGCCUGCAGGACUCCGCCCAGGAACUCCUCUCCGGGACGUCAGAGGGAGCUGAUAUCCUGGAGAAGCUGGAGUUCCUGCAGGACCGCUGGGAUGCUCUGUACCAGAUCAUGGAAGUUCAGGGACAGCGAAUAUCCAGCUCUGGGUUUGAGUUCAGCCUGUCGUCCUCGCCGAGUGAAACCAGUAGCACCGUGACACUGGCCGAUCCCGACGGUCAGUGGGAAAAGCACGAAACUUUGAUGACGAUUGCAAGUCAAGAGGUGUCGUCGCACGGCGGGCGCAAGAAGCGGCGCGUGGGCUCGGCGGCGCGGCUGGACUUCGAGACGGCGGCCGCGCAGCUGGGCAGCUGGCUGCAGCAGGCGGAGCGCAGCCUCGCGCCGGGGGAGGGGGCCUCGCUGGAGGAGCAGCGGGCCGUGCUGGAGGACGCGGAGGGCGAAGCACGGAGCCGCGAGGCAGAGCGGGAGCGCGUCGCCGGCCUGGGCAGGACGCUCAUCGCGGAGAUGCAGAGCGAGGGCCAGCCGACGGGCGACGAGGAGGCCAGGCUGCGAGAGCUCCAGCAGCGCUGGGACGGGCUGCUGGCGAGUCUGCAGCAGCGACGGAGGCGGCUGGACUUCCUGCAGCGGAGGAGGCUGCUGUACGCGGAGCUGGGCGGCCUGGAGCAGGUGUACCAGGGCUACCACACGUGGUGGGAGGCGGCCAGGGGCGCGUCACCCUCUCCCGGCACUGCCAACCAGCUGCUGGAGCAGUGCAGGGUGAAAAUAAAGUCAAUGAAGUCCCAUGAUGAGCGUAUAGGGGAGUUGAAGAAGAGAGCAAGAGAGCUAUGCAGCAGUGAGGGGGUUGAAAGUGAUGCAGAAACCAUCAACGCAGACGUGAACAACUUUGUGGAGCGCUGGAGUGAACUAUUGCUAAGGCUGGCGGAGAGGCAGACGGAGCUGAGCAGCGCGGUGGACCGUACCCCGCCCCAGAAGUACCUGGAGGCCAUGGCGGCUCUCAUGAGCUGGGUGCACAGCGUGGAGGGAGUGUUGUUGUCGGAGCACGCGGUCGUCUCUGACGUCGCCUCCAUGGAGCAGCAGCUGCACAAGUUCCAAGAGCUCCAGAAGACCAUAGAGGAGCAGCAGAGCAGCUUCCAGUACGUGAACCUCACGGGCCAGGAGCUGAUCCGGAAGUCCUCGGGCGAGGGCCCGGUCCAGCGCCUCCAGGAGGAGCUCCGGGACCUGAACACCCGCUGGAGCGACAUUCCAGUCAUCCUGGAGGAGCGCCAGAGCAACCUGGCCAGAGACAUUGAGCUGGUGAGGAAGUUCCAGGAGGAAGUGAGCAGCCUGAACUCCUGGCUGAAGGAGGUGGAAGUGUUUCUGCAUGCCGAGGAGGGCGUUCCCGUGGGAGACACAGACACCCUGGAAGCUCAGCUGGAGCAGUCCAACGCUCUUCAAGAUGACGUCAAGAUGCUGCAGACGAACGUGUCGAAGAUCGAGCGGACCGCUCUGAAGCUGCUGGAGAACGCGGAGCCUGGCUUCCACGACGACCUGAAGUCCCAGCUGGACGUGCUCUUGAAGAAGUGGCGAGAGGUCGUGGAAGAUUCCAGGCAGCACAACCGCCAGCUUCAAGAAGCUCUUCACAAAACUAAAAAAGCGGUGAGCGGAGUGGAGGAGCUGACGGCUUGGCUCAGCAGGCUGGAGGAGGGGGUCCCCGCUUCGCCCAGCGUCGCCUCAUCCACGGAGCUGUUCCAGCUCAAAGCCAGAUACCACACGCUCAAGGACAAAGUGGACAGCAAGACUCAGCAGUUCCGCAGUCUCAACGAGAUGGGCAACGACCUGCUGCUGAGCAGCGAGAGCCCGUCGGUGCAGGAGCUGGCUCGGAGGUUCACUCAGCUCAACGCCAGGUGGAGCCAAGUCACCGACACCAUUUACGACAAGCACAAGAUGCUCAAGGAAGCCUCGCACCUCUACGGUGAAUUCAGAGCCUUAGUUGCCCAAGAAAUGGACUGGCUGGACAAACUAGAGAAGAAGCUGAGGAAAUCUCCAAAGUCAGCAGCUGAUGCAGAGGAAAUAUCAGAGGAAUUAGAUGACCUGGAGAACUACCUGCGCAACCACCCGGAGACGCGGCUGGGCAAGAUCCAGGAGAUAGGCAGGCAGCUGGUGGACCACGCCAUCAUGCCUCAGGCCGUGCAGUCGGACGUGGAGGGUGUGUCCCAGAGGUGGGCCCAGCUGAGCCAGCAGGCUAGGGACCGCACCUUGUUGCUUGAGGGGUCCGUCCAAGAGGCUCAGCUCUCGGAGGGCCAGAUCCUCGACGUCCAGGCGUGGGUGACUCACGUAGACGCGCUACUAACUGCACGUGUCGAGAGCGACCUGACGGCCGAGGACUUGCCGGACGAUGACCAGAGACUGGUGGAGGAGUUUGAGACGCAGCAGAGCACGCUGAAGGAGAUGGAGGCCCAGGUGAACACGUACGAGUCCGCCGGCAAGCAGGAGGCCGCCGCCCGACUCCAGGAGCAGAUGAUACUGCUGCAGAAGCGUUUCAGCGAGGUGCAUUCCAAGUUUCAAAAGUUCCGGUCGCCCGGCAACCUGGAGCCGCGCCUGUCGCGGGCGCUCCGAGAGCUGCGGAGCGUGGAGGAGGCGACCUGCCUUCUGGAGCUGGCCUCAGAGGACCCGGAGGCCAUCGAGGGGCAGCUCAAGCACUGCAUGAGGUUCUAUCACACUCUGAGUGACAUCAAGGGUGAAGUGGAGGACAUAAUAAAGACCGGACGGAAGCUCGUUGAGGAUGAGGCCGUCGCAGACACUCAGAGGUUCACAGCACGCAUCGACAUGCUGAAGGAACUCUACAAUAAGCUGGGGGCACAAGUGACGCAGGCCAAGGGCUCGCUUGAUGUCGCUCUGGAGGCGUGUCGCGGCAUGAGCACGGACAUCCCGGCCCUGAACGCGUGGCUGGACGGCGUGGAGAGUCAGCUGGAUGAGCAGGAGCUGACCGGGGGCGUGGUCGAUCUGGAGCCGCAGAUCCGCUUCGUGAAGAAAUGCUUGGACCACGACUUGCCAGAUCGAUCUGCGUUAAAGGAUGGCAUAAGCUCCUCGUAUAAAACAUUUUCUUCACUGUGUGAAUCUGCUUACAUAGAAGCGUUGAAGGACAGAGUUGAUGAUUUAAUGAAGAAAUGGGACAGGAUUGAAGCAAGACUAAACAAUUCCUUAGCCAGCCUGGAAAAGGAGUGUGAUGAUAUCGCAAGAGCCAAGCAUGAAGAAUUUACUCGUUCCUUGGAGGAGAUAAAUGAAUAUCUUCAGGAAACUGAGGAUUUUGUCAACAAAUUAGACUCAAUGGAACCAUCCAAACUUACAGAAGAUUAUUUAGUGGAAUGCAAGGAGCUGCAGGCGGACAUGCGGGCGCGCGAGAGCCGUGUGCACGCACUGCGUGACCUGGCCGCGCAGCUCUCCGAGGGCCAGCAGCCGCUCAUCGCGCUGGACCGCCGCUGGGGCGAGCUGCUGCGGCGAGUGCACGACUGGACUGAGAGAGAGGUUGCUUUGCCCCAGACGCCGUCGCACACUCAGUCGGACCCGACAGCGGCAGAUCAGAAACCACUGGCAGAGAGUAGGGGGAGAGAGCCAGGGGAAACUGCUUCUAACGUUGUAAACGAGUUUGGUGCAGUGAAACCGAGCGGAUUGCUUUCAGUAGUCAGUGAAGAUGUAAGCGCACAGUUCCACCCUCACGCUGCCCCAGUCGUGCCCUUGUCUGGCGGUGACGAGCCCAUGGACGUUGACUGCUUCGGUUACUCGAAUCCCGCGUUCGAGGAUUUGCAGCCGAAGGAAGCAGCCGGCACUGAGCAGACAACGGAGACGGGAAUGGAUCUUGUUAGCGUUGUUCGUAGAAGCAGCAUUACCUCUCGCACCCAGGAUAACGAUGCUGUCAUGUCGACGGUAAGCGAUAAGAUAUUACUUUCUCCGGUUUCUCGUGAGAACGUGGCGUUUCCAAGUAAUUUCCCAGACCUAGUUCAGGUCACCAGGAUGAAGGAAUCGUUGCCAGAUGCUCGGUCGGAAGCCGGCACGGAUGAGAACGGGGAAAGGCAAGCAGGUGCGGACGUGAGCCCGAGGGAAGACGACACCUUCUUGCUGGCCCAGAGCAGCGCGCUGUUCUCCCAAGUGUCGACGAACACGCUGGUGCCGCGAGGCGAGGAGGGGGACCCGUGCCAGGUGGUGGAGGUGAAGGAGAGGGAGAUCGCGAAGGCCGUGCCCGCGGAGAGGGUGGUGUACCCCUGCACCAGCAUCAAGGCCACGGUGCACUUCGGGCCGCAGACCGUGGAGAUGGUGGAGAUCGUGGAGGACUUCGAGGCGGAGGAAGAGCCCUCGCCGGCCGCCGGCGCGGACGACGAGAGCGCGGACACGGACACCGUGGUCCGCAGGAAGAGACCGGAGCACAAGUCCUUGAGCGAUGAGGAGAUCAUCAGGGUGAGUGACCAGAGUGCCGUGCACGCGCUGCUAACAGAGAGUGUCGACCUGCUGAGGAAGUCCCCUCCCAAGUUAUCGCUUACUUUCCACGGUAACGGCAUGCGUGUGUCUCCCGCCACGCCCCCUCCCACCCCUGCCGCCCUCCCCGACGAGUCCGUGCCGGCGGUCUUUGCCCGCGCCUCCGGGACGGAUCGGCACGAGAGUGGUUGGUCGGACUGUUUGCCGGCCGUGCCCAAGAGGACCAAGUUCAACCCACCGAGAGAACCACUCGAAAAGAAAGCCGAGUGUGACGUGUCAGAGCCACGUGUUAUAACUGGCAGCGUGAGAUACGGUAAGGAUGACUCGAAACGGGAAGAGUCGACAGAAGAGGACGGCAGCUUCUACGGCAGCGACAAGGAUACCGAUGAUGUCGUCGAGUUCUCCGAGGACAGCGAACCUUUGUUUUGUGCGGACAGCUCGAGCUCGGAAGACGAGUUGCCCCUGGGUCACCUGGUCAGUCGUCACUUGGACAAGGCCAUUCUGUCGUCACGGAAGGAAGCGGUUGCCCCGAAGCCGCGGGAGCGUCUCCAAGCCGGAGGGCAGAGGGCGAGGCAGGACGCCUCCCGGGCCUCGCUGCCGGGGCCUCUCGCCCGAGACAUUGCCGAGUUCGAGCACGCCUCCCAGCAGAUGCUGAGGCACAUGGACGCCAUGCUGCUCACCGUCAACGCCGUCACCAGCGAGAGAGACCCGGGCAAGCGACUGGAGGUUCUGGAGCGGGAGAUGAGCUUCCUGGCCCCCGACGUGGCGACGCUCAUCAGCCGGGGCGACGGCCUGGUGCUGACUGUGCACUCCAGCGACCCCGAGCGAGCGGGCCAGCUCAAAGAGGCCACCCAGGACCGACUGCGCAGCAAGUGGCAGCAGGUGAAGGCUGACGCUGAGGUGAGGAAGACAGAAGCCCAGCAGGCAGAAGAGAAGCUGAAGGCCUUCAACAGUCUAGUGGAUGAGCUGGAAGCUUGGCUGAGGGACAUCAAGUGCAAAGUAGAGCAGGCAAAUAAUGACGACGGCCAACUGCAGCUGCUGCAGGAGGACAUCCAGCGGAAGCAGCAGCAGACGGAGAGCUUGCGGGAGAAGGCGGCGGAGCUGGAGGGACUCCGUGUGGGCCACAACCGCGCGGCGGUGCCGACCAUCGUCAGCAAGUGGGCCGGAGUGCACAGCCACCUGCAGCACUUCCGCACUGACAAGCAGCUCCCGGGGGACAAGCUGGAUGUCGGGGGCUCGCAACCCGCGGACUUCGUGGCUCGGGUCAACAAGGUGCGGGAAGCAGUGUCCUGCAUCUCCCGGCAGCUCAGCUCCUUCCCGCUCGGCGGCCGAGACUACGAGUCCUUCCCCGCCCAGGAGGAAGCCCUGAUGAAAGUGAAGGAGGCUCUGAACAGCCUGAAGCCGAGCGUGGACGAAGUGGAGUACGACAGAGACAGGGUGAUGAAGACUGCUCGGCUGGAGCAGGGCGACAGAGUGCGGCGAGUGGUCGACAAGCUGCGGGAAGAGUGGUCGCAGGCCAAUCGGGCCUGUGUCGACAGGCAAACUCGCUGGAUGCGCUGCAUGGAGACGUGGCGGGAGUUGCAUAGCAACUGUGAGGCCUUUAGUGAGUGGCUGAGUUCAGCAGAGGCUCUAGUAACUGAGUGGCAGUCUGCUGAGCUGCCUCUGCCCCAGGCCAAGGCCAAGCAGAAGGAGCUGGAGAAGCAGGUCACCAUGAAGCACAGGUUGAUGAGUAAUAUUGGUGUGGCGUGCCGUGAAAUUAUGAGCCGCUCUGCUGGGACAAACAACUCUGGUGUGCAAAGCUUGGUGGACGGUUUACGAGCUCGAUGGCAGGUCAUUCUAGCUGAGCUCACUACGAGAAGAGACAGGAUUGCUGCGUUGGAGGCAUCUGCCAAGUUGAAAGACAACGGCUCCAACGUCCUUGAAUCCUCUCGAGUUCUCCUGGACCAGGUGAAAGUCUUGCUGGGGUCAGCGGCCAACUCUUCGGAUGAUUCUUCUUUGCUGACUCGCCUCAACAGUGUCAAGGCCCAGGAGCAGCAGCUGGCGGCGAGGAGGCCCGACGUGGAGGCAGCGGCACGGUCCAGGCAGCCGGCACUCUCCGGCACGGCCCAGGGCGUGCUUGCCGACAUGUCCCAGGCGGCAGCAGCGUUGUCGUCACACCGGGAGUACAUAGAGUGUAAGCUGUCAUCGUUGAAGAAGUACGUUGGCAACUUGGAUGCUGUCAUUGUGUGGGUUAUGGAAACCAAGACACGAAUCAACAUCAGCAAGGAACUCCCUGACAAAGAAAGGAAAAAAGUCAUUGAUAGCAUCAUGGAUUCUGUACUGGACCAUGAAACAGAAGUGAAAGAAGUUUUGGAAAAUUUCACCAACUUGGAGAAAGAAUGCGAAGCCACAAAACAACCUGUCUCUGUCGAACUACAGGAGAAGAUCAAGAAGCUGCGGGAGGACUGGCAGUUUGUGAAGAGCAGAGGGGAGCCGGGCCCGGGCAGCCUCGAGGCUCCGCCGGCGGCAGCAGUGACCGAGGCAGCGGCGAGCUCGUCUCCGCUGCAGGCGGGGGCCGCGACACCUCGCAGCGUCUCAGAGUCGUCGCGACAGUCGCCGGCCUCGGAGUCCCGCAGCGUGCGCUCUGUGCGCGUCCAGACGCCUCCCGCCGGCCCCACGGCGCUGCUGGCCAGCUUCGACAAGUCCAUCCUGCAGAUCCGUGAUUGGCUGACCCUGGAAGAGGAGAUGCUGCGACAGCAGACGGUCGUCGUGGGGAAUGUGGACGACAUCCUCCAGGUCCUGGAGAAGCAAAAGAACGUGCUGCGCGAGCUGGAGCAGAAGAAGCCGCAGCUGGACGAGCUGGUGCACACCGCAGAGAACCUCAAGGCAGACUCCAACCGCCAGCAGCUGCACGGCAAAGCCCGAAACUCAGACGCGCUCUGCGAGCCGGCCUUGUCUCACCUGCGGACCUGUCUCAAAGUGACGAAGCUGCGUGAGCACUGGGACGAGACCAACGCCAAGGUGCUGCAGCGCAAGUCGCAGCUGGACGCCAUGUUGUCGGACAGCCAGCGCUACGAGGCCAAGCGGCAGGAGGUGGAGGCGUGGCUGGCGCGCAUGGAGGCGCGCCUGGAGCGCAUGGGCGCCCAGGGACACACCGCAGACGUGCUGGAGGCGCAGCUGCGCGAGCAGAAGUCGUUCCACGCGGAGCUGCACCAGUACAAGCACCACAUCGAGCUGUUCAACCAGCUGACACAGAAGCUCAUAGCGGUGUACCAGCAGGACGAUACCUCCCGGGUCAAGAAGAUGACGGAGGCCAUCAACCAGCGAUACAACAGCCUCAACACCAGUAUCGUCAACCGCGGCAAGCUGCUGCACUCUGCCAUGAACUCGCUGCACAACUUUGACCGGUCGCUGGACAAGUUCCUGGCCUGGCUGUCGGAGGCGGAGAGCUCGCUGGAGUGCGUGGAGGCGGAGGCUGACCGCCUGGGCGGGCGGCGGGACCAGGGGGCGCUCCGGCAGCCGCUGCACCAGCUCAAGGACCUGCAGUCGGAGAUCGAGACGCACCGCGAUGUGUUCUCGUCGCUCAACGGCACGGGCCGCAAGCUGCUCAGCAGCCUGGCGUCGCAGGACGACGCCGUCAUGCUGCAGCGGCGCCUGGACGAGAUGAACCAGCGCUGGCACCACCUCAAGGCCAAGAGCAUGGCCAUCAGGAACCGGCUGGAGAGCAACGCCGAGCACUGGAACGCGCUGCUGCUGUCGCUGCGGGAGCUGAUCGAGUGGGUGAUCCGCAAGGACACGGAGCUGACGGGACUGGCGCCCAUCGGCGGCGACCUGGCCUGCCUGCAGAAGCAGCAGGACGACCACCGCGCGUUCCGCCGCCAGCUCGAGGACAAGCGACCCGUGGUGGAGAACAACCUGCUGAGCGGACGCCAGUACGUGGCCAACGAGCCGCCGCUGUCCGACACCAGCGACAGCGAAGCGGGGCGAGAGCUGGAGGGCGACUGUCGCGGCUACCGCUCGGCGGAGGAGCAGGCGCGCGAGCUGACACGCAGCAUCCGGCGCGAGGUCAACAAGCUGUCCGAGAAGUGGAACAGCCUCAUAGACCGCUCCGACCAGUGGCAGCGCAAGCUGGAUGACAGCCUGGGGAAAAUGAGGCUGUUCCAAAAGAACCUGGAUGACCUGUCCAGUCGCAUCGCGGCCGCGGAGGCCAUGAAGAGCAGCUGGAAGUCUCCGACCGACCUGCGGGAGAUCGGCGAGAUGCUGGAGCAACUGCAGAAACUAGGAGAGCGUCUCGGGCCGAUACAGAGGACAGUCGAAGAUGUGAACGAUCAGGCUGCCGCAUUCACCUCGAACAACGUGCUAGUGUCACAUAUCAACCUGAACAAACUAGAAGAACUUAACACAAGGUGGAAACUCCUGCAGAUAGCGGUGGACGACCGAUACAAGCAGCUCAACGACUUCGGGAAGGAAGGAGCCCCACCGAACCAGGGGUUCCUGUCCGUGUCGGUGGAUCAGCCGUGGGAAAGAGCAAUCACUGCAAACAAAGUGCCUUAUUAUAUUAAUCAUCAGUUGGAGACCACCCACUGGGACCACCCAAAAAUGAUAGAACUUAUGAACUCUCUCUCCGAUCUCAACGAAGUGAGAUUCUCAGCUUACAGGACUGCCAUGAAACUUCGCACUGUCCAAAAACAAUUGUGUUUGGACCUGGUGAACAUGUCUGUCGCCAUCGAAUCGUUUGACUCUCACGGACUGCGAGCGCAGAACGACAAGCUGAUAGAUGUCCCCGACAUGGUCACAGUCCUGGCGUCCACGUACGAGUCGGCAGCCCCGGACAACCCUACGCUUGUAAAUGUUCCUUUAUGUGUCGAUAUGGCAAUCAACUGGCUGCUCAACGUUUACGAUAGUCAACGCACAGGCCAAAUACGUGUGCUGUCGUUCAAAGUUGGACUUGUUUUACUGUGUAAAGGACACCUGGAUGAUAAAUAUAGAUACUUGUUCCGGCUGAUCGCGGACCCGAACCGCCUGGUGGACCAGCGGAAGCUGGGGCUGCUCCUCCACGACUGCAUCCAGGUGCCUCGGCAGCUGGGCGAGGUGGCGGCGUUCGGAGGUUCCAACAUCGAGCCGUCGGUGCGAAGCUGCUUCGAGAAGGCCGGCAAGGAUAAAGCUUAUAUCGAGGCAAUACACUUCCUGAACUGGCUGCAGCAGGAGCCCCAGAGCAUGGUGUGGCUGCCUGUGCUGCACCGUCUGUCGGCUGCAGAGACGGCCAAGCAUCAGGCCAAGUGCAACAUCUGCAAGGAGUACCCCAUCGUCGGCUUCCGAUAUCGUUGCCUGAAAUGUUUCAAUUUUGACAUGUGCCAAAAUUGUUUCUUCUCUGGUCGGAAAGCCAAGAACCACAAGCUUACGCACCCAAUGCAGGAAUAUUGUACAGCAACGACGUCCGGGGAAGACGUGCGGGACUUCACGCGCGCGCUCCGCAACAAGUUCAAGUCGAAGCGCUACUUCAAGAAGCACCCGCGGGUGGGCUACCUGCCCGUCCAGACGGUGCUGGAGGGCGACGCCCUGGAGAGCCCCGCCCCCUCCCCUCAGCACUCCACCCUCAGUCAGGACAUGCACUCCAGACUAGAAAUGUACGCAUCGCGGCUGGCAGAGGUGGAAUUGCGCACCCGGAGUAAUUCCACCCCUGACUCUGACGACGAGCACCAGCUGAUAGCGCAGUACUGCCAGUCGCUGAACGGAGGAGACAGCGUCCCGGUGCCGCGCAGCCCGGUGCAGAUCAUGGCGGCCAUCGACGCGGAGCAGCGGGAGGAGCUGGAGGCCAUGAUCCGGGAGCUGGAGGAGGAGAACGCCGGCCUGCAGGCGGAGUACGAGCGCCUGCGCUCCAAGCAGACGCCCGGCUCCACGCCCGAGGAGCUCGGCCUGGCCCCUCGGCCCCACGACAGCGACCUGCUGGCCGAGGCGAAGCUGCUGCGCCAGCACAAGGGGCGGCUGGAGGCCCGCAUGCAGAUCCUGGAGGACCACAACCGCCAGCUCGAGGCUCAGCUGCAGAGGCUUCGGCAGCUGCUGGACGAGCCGAGCUCGGGGUCCCCCUCCAAGACUGGAACGUUGCAGACCCGGUCCGUGACGGCUUCUCAGCUCGCAACCGACUCGCCUGCGAAAAUAAACGGCCACUAUCACGACGGAGGAAGUGCUCGCUGGGCGGACGGCGGUGCCCGGCCCCCUCCCCCGCCCGUCUCGCACGGCGGGGCGGCCCCCCCUCCCCCGCCCCCGGCCGGCACCGGGCAGAGCGUGGGCAACCUGCUGCACAUAGCAGGAGACCUGGGGCGAGCCGUCAGCGAGCUAGUGACGGUGAUGACGGACGACCAGCGAUCGGCCACGCCCAGCGACGAAGAGACCCCCCCUCCACCCGCAAGAUACAACCCCAAAUAGGGGUUUUAUAUUCCAUAACAAGUUCCUUGCCAGCGUAACCUUUCAAAUGGCAACAGACACAGAUGGUAAAACAUUCUGAGACAGUUUUUACAAGAAAAUAACAGUGCUUUGCAUUCCAGAAGAGACUUUUCAUAACAAUACUAGAGGCAAGAUCAUGUGGUGAAAAAUUAUAAAACCAUUCAUUAUGUCUGUAACAAAAUUAUGAGUUAAGCAAAACUAUAUCAGUCCAAGUUACAAGUUUCUAAAUGCUACACAUACCCAAAAAUCUACCUAAUUGCUUUUUUUUUAUAGUUGUCUCUCUAAUUAUAAUUAAAACAUUAAAACAACUGCUUUCCCCUUUCCCCUUAAAACACUAUGUAUAUCAAGGCCAUGCACUUUUGAUGCAUAAGUAAAAUAUCCUGCUUGCAUUAUAGUAAGAGUGGAAUUAUUGUACGGAAAUCAUUAUUUAUGUUGGUAUGCUCAUUUAAUAUUUUUACUUUUCGCAACCUUUUUUUAUGAAGUUCCAUAAUGCGAGCGAGAAGGAAAAAAAACUGCCAGGAAACAUGUUAAUUAAUUUCAUUUAAAGUUUAUUGUGGUGAAAAAUCCACCUGAAUAUUUGGAAGUUACAAUAUACUUCCAAUCAUUGCAAGCGAGUUGGAAGAAAAAAUAGACUAAUGUAUACAAAAUAAAAAUAAUGUAAAUUGACCAGGCCUACUCCAAUACUUGAUUUAUGCUGAGUUGUACGAGAAGGUAAUUUUUUUUUCCACUAUUAAAAUGUUUUCUUUAAUGUUCAUGCUAUAAACAUAUAUUCUACAGUAUACGCCCAAUUAUCCGGGUGUGGGUUAUUCUGUUUGUGGGUUAACCAUGCCAUAUUUCACAUUCAUAAACCAUUAAAAAAAAAAAUAUUAAGGAAUUUUUAUUUUCGUGCGUGCACACUGUCAAUGGUACCUGUUUAGCAUUAAAUACAAUGCAAUGAAUUAGUAAUUUAAACGAAUAAUGUGGCGAAGCAACAAAUAUUUUUCUCUUGUCUCAAUAGCUAUUUGCUUCGUUUAUUGCAUAAUUAUUUCUGACGAUGCCCAAGUGUUGUGUAAAUGUUUAUAUUCAGCCAUCCUGCAUGUUAACAGCAGCUCUGGAGAGAAAAGCCAGAAGCUUUUAGAGCUAGUUUGCCUUGCGCCACUACGAUGAACUAGUGGCAAAUUGUGGCAGACACGCAUUUAGUAAAAAUCAGAGUCGGGAAUUACGUUAACAGGUUAAAAUAUCUGUUUAAUAAUAGAAAAUAUUAAGUUUAUCUGUUUAAAAUUCUCUUUGGAAUUAAAAAAUAUCUCUUAUACCAAUAACAUUAUUAUUUUGUAACUCAGAAAUGUUGGUAGCAUCUACAUAGGAAAAACAAAACGUUAUGCUCAAGCCCUGUGAUCUAAACAAUGCAGUUCAUGAAUUUUUAUAUUUAUGUUGUUUAAUCUCAAAAUGUUACUGUACUCAACAUUUAUUUAAAUAUACUCCAAAUGUAUUUAGAUAUAUAUUUGCACUGUAAUUUAAUUUUAACAGGAGUAGUGUCUUGAUUCAAUUGGUAGUCAGGAAGCAUACUUAGCCUACCUGUUUGAAAAAUGAAUUGUUUUGAUUAAAAUACUCUCUUAUGGAAAAAACACAUUUGACUGCGCUGUUUUGAUUAACAUUCUGUUUUACUGGAACAAAUCAGGGUUUUAAAGUAUUUUUCUAGAUAGUUUGGAUGAAAAAAUUGUAAUCAGUUUAUUUUUUGACAUUGCUUUAACCAUGUUUUUCGGUUAUCCGUGGACCCUUUGCCAAUCAUUACACCGGAUAAUCGGGAGUCUACUGUAUUAAUCUAAUGGUCAAAGGUUAUAUUAAGAAUUCCCAUGUGCAAGUGCAAAGCUGUAGAAUGAACAUUUACAUGCAGUACAUAGAUAAAUUGUUAAAAUUUUAAAUGGGGGGAAGGCUGUUGUUGUGUUAACUGCUAUGUCAUUAGAGAUGGAAAAAAAUUGUCAAUAUAGGUAGAAACCUAUUAAGUUUAAAAAAUAAAUGGUUCAGCAUCAGCUUGCACCAUUUUACCAUAUCAUCUUGCCUCUGUAUGCAAUUGUAACGAGAAGGUUUACAAGACCAAGCUACUAUCCUUCAUAUCUUAUAGGUGAUACAUUUAGUUGCACUCUUGUCAGGUAGAAAUGAAUAUUCUUCUGUCAUCAAGUUGUUACUGUACAGUAGUUACGUAUUUGAAUUACUUUAAUAAUGUUUCAGAAAUGGGUGAGGACAUUUGUGUUUUGAAGAAUAAGAAGAAAAUAUAAAGGAGAAUUUUGGCACAAGUCAUAUCACACAAACAUAUAAAGAACUUACAUGCACCUCAGGCAUGCAAAUGUAAACAUAUCGGUAUGGAGAAAUCCAGAAGAAAGUGUGUAAUGUUUUUAGAAGUAUGGGGGAAAUACUUAUAAAUGUUCAAAACAAAAUCAAUUUUGUCUAAGACAAUGCAAGUAAGCAUGCCGUAUUAACAUACCAUUAAUGAAGUAGUUUAAAAAUGUACAAAACGUGUGCUUUUGUUUUUAAGUCGUAAUUAAAAAUAUAAAAGAAAAACACUUUGUGCUACAAGGAGCGCGUGCUUGGUGCUUCUGUGUCAAGCAAACCAAUUUUUGUUUUAAAGAUGAUAAGUUCAUCAACUAUGGGCACACAUAUCUUUCUCUUUGUACCAUGUGAAACAAAGUAUUUACUGUUUUUUUUUUUUAGGUUAGAUUAAAGAAAAACUUGUAUUACUACUUCAAUUAGUUAUUUUUAAAACCUACAUUAUGUAUUGAGAGAAGAGAAAUUAUCAUUGUCUUUCAUCUUUUUUAUUCAUAAACUGACUGUAGGUGAACACUUUUCAACUUGUUACAAAUGUAAUAAUCAUGGGUAAUCUUGUUAGCAUAUUUCUAGUUUCGUACAAUAAUUACCUAACUUUACGGUGGGGCUCCAACACCAGCAAUAGUCUGUGUGUAGAAAACGAAAGUUGUUAAUAAAAUUAAUUACGAAUACUGA